CAGACAUGCGAUCCCAUAUCGGAAGUACAGUCCUCGAUUAUUAUCCUUAUAUAAAACAAACAAACAUUUUCUAUUUCAAAACAUUUAAAAACUGUUUGUCUAUUAUCUUACGUUCUAUUCGUCUGAAAAGUUGAUUAUUAACAUGUUUUAUUAGUUUUCGUUAAUAUUAAAUCAACGAUAACAUUGUAAUAUGUUACAAAAUUAUACAAAAAAUGGUUUAAAAAUUCCGCAUGACAUAAUCAGUGCGCAUGCGUGGUACACGUAAAAAUCAACAUGGCUGCUUGUCAUUCAUCGCGAUAGACAUGAACCAAUAGUUUACACUUUACAUGGAUUUGUUUGAACAUUUAUACACUGAUUAGGGAAAAUCUUCAGUGAAGCACAUAUUUUACGAUAUCGGCAAUGAGUAACUGGAACAAUCCCCAGCAACCAGUUCCCGGACAAGUGCAGUUUUUUGACCCAACAAAAUUCCAGUCAGCUGUUCCUGCAAGUCAGCCCAAUGUAGGCCAUAAUGCUGCGCCACAGCAUCAGGCAAAUAGCCAGGCAGAUGGUCAAGGUGGUUGGACUAGUUGGGGAGCAUGGGAUCCCGGGGCAAAUCCAUAUGCUUCUGAUUUCAAUGCAGCUGGAGCAGCAGUGGAUAAGGAUAAUGUUGGUCCUGUUCAACAUUCAGUCCUAGACCAGCAACAGUGGUAUGGCCAAGACCAGUGGAAUCAAAGUCAGGGAGAUGGUGGUAAUGUGAUUGAACAGAAUGGUUAUAUUUGGGAUCAGAAUUCCGGGCAGUGGUUACCUAAGCAACAGGAAGGAGAUCCAAAUCAGUAUGGAAUGUACAAUCAUUACUGGGCGGGACAGAAUGGCUAUGAAGGGUAUGAGUUUCAAGGGAAUUCUCAAAAUAGUGCUCAGCCUGCUAACGUAUCAAAUGGGGAAUUUAUAAGUCAAGGUGAACAAGCUAAUUUUGUGCAGUCUCAAAAUCCCGAGUUUACAGGAACAAACAAUGGGUUCAGCUAUGGGGUUGAAAAGGUUCACCAAAAUAUUCAAGAUGUCUCCCAGUCCACUGAAGAGAGUCAGAGUACAGACAGGUCACUUGGAAAUGUAGAAGGCGGUGAAGAGGAUGGAGUUGAUGAUGAAUACGAAGAAGAAAGUGAUGAAACGGAUGAGUACUCUGAAGAUAGUGAUGUUGUUGAAGAUGAUUCAAAUCUUAAUUCAAUUAGUAAUGCUAGUACUGGUGCUAUUUUUGAAACUGAGAAUGAGGGUUACAAAGGCGGGAGUUCUGGGUUUGAUGUUCAAAUGUCAAAUGAGGGUAUACCAUUACCCACACAUAGUGGAAAUCAUGUACAAGUAGGGACAGAAUUAGCAUACCAAAUGCAAACAUUAAAUAUGCAAGAAGAUAGUGUUCAAAAUAGUCAAAUGAUAGGUGUAUUUGCAGAGCCAAAUCAGUAUGCAUCAGCUGUGCCAAUGUUUCAACCAACAAUCGAGGCAUCAAAUGUACCUUUAUAUGUGCAACAAACAGAAAGUUUUAAUUACAGCCAUGACAUUGGGGCAAAUGCAAACACUAAUAUUAAUUUGCCUACUGGUAUUGUUCAAGCUAUUCAACAAGUAUCAAUUUCCCAAGAUCGAGAAGCUGAAAGAAGUGAUGAUCAUUCUGACCCGCCAUCAAAGGCCACUACAACCCCAACUUUCAGUGACUGGGAAAUGGUGCCCGGUAAUAUUGGUGAGUCUCAACACCCACCCCCUGUCCUGCAACAACAAAGCACUCAUAGUAGAAACGUUUCUCUGGACAAUAACGCACCAGUGAAGUUUUUCAUCAGCUCAACUAAUAGUUCAGCUAGGGUGUCACCAGCUUCUGCGAGUAAAGUGGGUGAUGACCUGGAGCAUAAUGUACAAGAGGCGGUAGAUAAACUUCAUAAAGCAGUGCCAAGUGUUCCGGAAAAAGAUCACAGCGUUCAGACAUUUUCUAGCACACUUCCUGAGACCCCAAAACCCCCAGUCCAAGCAGUUGCGCCACCACCUGUUCCUCCAAUUUCUGGUCCCUCUGUUGGCGCAAAUCCAUUUAGGAAGAAUAAAACGGAUCUACCAAAAGGAAAAUCUUCAGAAGAUGUCAGUUUGUUAUCAUCAACCCAACUUGAUAUGACGCGGCCUAAUUUUGAAAAUAGUCCUGUGGUAUUGGGUUCGACAAUAUCGCCAAUAUUGAGAACUAAUGGGAAUCAAAACAAUAAUGAUGAUGAAAGUCCGGAAUUUCAGCUUUCUACUAAAACAAAAGACGCAUCUGACACACCUAAUUCUCGGAAAUCAGGGAGUACAGUUCCCGAAAGCCCCAUAAUGCCAAGGAAAGAAAGUGCGUUCAGGCCCCCAAACCAAGAUCCAAAAUCAAAACCGAUGAAAGCCUCACAUGACAUUGCUGGCUUUAGCGAGCAGCAACAAAGCAAUGAAGUCUCCAAACAAGUUAAUCUGGCAAGAAAAGAUGGAGAAGAAUCUAAAAUAAUGGAAAGAAAAAAUCGUGGUAAUGACAGAAAAACACCAGAAUGGGAAUGGAAUGAGAGGAAGAAUGACAGAAGGACACCGGAUCGUGAUAUGGGAAACAAAAAGUAUGACAGAAGGACACCUGAUCGUGAUACUGGAAGAAGUGAAAAAGGGAAUGAGGAGAGAGAAAGGGGAUAUAUUGACAGGGAUAGAGACUACGGGAAUAAAGAAAGAGACCGAGGGCGUUACCCUGAAGAUAAGCUGGCCUCACGACCCCCAGCAGGAAGCAAUGUGGGGGACCGACGUCAGCGACAGUCUGCUUUCCACCAUAUUCAGACUCACCGGAGUCGAAACAGUGUGUCACCAGCAGCUUCUCUGUUGGAUGUAGCAGACAAUGUGCCAGCUGUCUCAAAUAUACUACUUGCUCCUGCAAGGGGUUUAGUGGAAAAUACGGACAAGUCUCUCAGCUCCGUAACUGGUCCUUCUGAACUGAACCCUGUCGUGUCUUUAAUAAGCUCAAUGAGUGAGCAGAUCCAAGCCAUUGACAAAGAUGAAAAGGGUAAAAGAGUAUCAAAGAGUAGAGAUGACCUUGAACGGGAUAGGGAUCGCGAUGACAGGUAUAAGGAAAGGGAUAUUUCAGACAGAGAUCGCUUAAGGGAUAAUAGGGACAGGAAUGACUCAAGGGAUCUCGACAGGCCCCGAAAAGGCGAUAGAGACAAUGAACGUGAAGGUUUACAUGGUAACAGGUCCUACGAUAAUCUGCGAGACAGGAAUCUUAAGGAUUCUCGAUACAACUCUCGUGAACAGUUGAGCAUUUAUGGUUCACGGAACUCACUGGAUGGGGAUGAAUCGCGGGAUCGAAGUCGUCGUGGGAACAGCAGGGACCGAGAUAGAGACCGUAGUUACAGAGACGAGUAUUACGACCGAUACAGAGACAGAGAUCGUGACAGGCCCCCUAGCCGCAGCUCCGUGCUGGACGGCAGUCGUCGUGACUACCGGGGAGACAGGGACCGUGACUACUACAGGAGGGAGCGACCUGAUAGGGACCGCACUGACAGGGACAGACCAGACAGGGACCGCACUGAUAGGGACAGGCCCCGCUCCAGACAAGGUGACAGAGACAGGCCGGUGUCUAGAAUAGCUGACUCGGAGAGGCCCAAGUCUCGUGGAGACUAUGAACGGGAAUACAGGGACAAGUAUAGAGACAAAGAACCAGGCACGAAUACUUCAGGAUUCGACUACGAGGACUAUUACCGUAGAGGUGGGCAGUACUAUGAUCGGCAGUACUACGACUACUACUACGGUACUUACGGCCAGCCAGGGGGUGGUUAUUAUGACGAGUACGGCUACUACAGGACAGACAUUGGUCCCCCAAGGUACCCCGACCCUUACCAGAUGCGAGCCCGCACGGGUACCCCAGGGUCCCUGUCAGAAGGGGGACAGGAAAUUGCUAGUUUAGCGGAAAAGAAUAAAAGUUCGGCAGACAAAUCAGAUAGCAAAAAGAGGUUUGAGUAUCCUCCAGAGUUGUAUGACUAUUCCCGUACCGGCUACGAGGAUUACCAUGGUUACGAAUACAACGGUUACAGAUGGGACCCGGAUGUAUCGGCGUGGGUCGAAACAACUACGGACGUUAUACCACAGCGUCAAACCCCAGAGAAGUUCAUGAUUCCACAUCGCCGUGCUGCGUUCGGUCCCAACGGUCAGCUGGUCAGUGUGCUGCCCAGUCGGCCUGCUGACGGGGAGCCAGCCACAGUGGAGAUCCACAACGUACAGGCAAUGCUGGAGGUGAAUCAGGAGUCACAGGAACUGGCAGACUUCCCUGGGCCCCUAGUCAGGGGCGACACUCACAAGAAUGACGUGCUGCUGUACUGUCAGAGCAAGGCACGAGCCUGCGCAGAGAACAUGGCGCUGGAGGACCGAGACUCUGCGGAACUGAUUUGGCGCUUCCUGGAGCUUCUCAUCAAGCAGAACGGCACGUUGGUGGGCACGGACAUAGCUGACCUCCUGCUGCAAGGUCACGAGCCCACAACCCAGGACUACCGCAAGACUGGCAUGCAGAUCACGCCUAGCAGCGACCACCUCGAGGCAGACGAGGCAGAGAGCGAUGUGAGCGACCCCCAGCGGCUUUCAAGAGGGACCACUCCGGUCGAUAGGGUAUUGGUCAACAAAGGGAGGUCACUGGAGGAAUGCACGGACAGGUUCCGGCAUCUGUUGAUGUACGGCAGGAAAAAGGAUGCAUUAGACUGGGCAAUGAAGAACAACUUGUGGGGCCAUGCCCUGUUCUUGGCUAGUAAGAUGGACCCCAGGGCACAUGCUAGUGUCAUGUUGAGGUUUGCCAAUGUGGCCAUGCGGAUGAAUGACCCAUUACAGACGCUCUACCAACUUAUGUCCGGCAGACAGCCUGCGGCAGUAACAUGUGUGACGGAGGAGAGGUGGGGAGACUGGCGCCCCCAUCUGGCCAUGAUCCUCUCAAAUCAGACCACUAAGACAGAGCUCGACCGCAAGUCCAUCACCACACUCGGUGACACCCUAGCAUCAAGGGGAUUCCUGCACGCGAGCCACUUCUGCUACCUGAUGUCGCGCGUAGGCUUCGGCACGUAUGCACGCAAGUCGUCCAAGAUCGUGCUCAUCGGCUCUAGUCACGGUCUGCCGCUGGAACUCUUUGCCAACAACGAGGCCAUUCAGUGUACAGAGAUAUAUGAGUACGCCCUGGCCCUUGGCAAUGUGCUCAUGGCUCUGAUAAGUUUCCAGACGUACAAGUACCUGUAUGCUACCAGACUGGCUAAUUACGGAUAUGCUCAAGAGGCCCUGCAAUACUGUGAAGUGAUAGCCAGACAGAUCAACACCAGUCCUGCUUACUUCCCUCACACUCUAGUCAAACUCAUCUUUGAUCUGUCAAGCCAGUUGAAGUUCAGUGACCCACGUAUGGAGGAGGAGGAGGACGUUCAGGACCCAGAGUGGCUGAGGGCAUUGCAUGCUACUCUUGUGCAAUUUGAGGAAGGUGCAAUACAGCCCCAGUCAGGGGCAGCAACCCCCGCCUAUUUUGGAGGUCGCACCACGGCAAGCAGUGAGAGUGGAGAGGUUGGCAUGUACAUGCAGGCUGGAGAACACGCCAUUCCUCAGGAGGCGACCUACGUGGGUAACACAAUGGUGGGUGCAUACACCCAGGAUCCACAGUACGCCCACGGGGCCUAUGAGGCCCAGGCUUACCAGACCACAGAAGGUCAGUAUAUCCAGCACUACGACCCCUCACAGGCCUACCCUGCAGAUGGUCAGACAGGGGAGACCACUGGCUAUGUGAUGCAAGGGGCAGACAAUCAGCAUCAGUACCAGCAGGGCAUCUAUGGGCAGACUCAGUGGCAGGAACAGCCCGAGGUGACCAAUGAGAAUCAAGCACAGACUGAGGCAGCCAAUCAGAAUACAGCUGGCUUUGAUCAGACUGCUGGCCACUUUCAGCCAUACGUGCCUAAUCAGAAUGCCAAUCACUGGUCACACAGCCAAAACAAGCUGACCGGUUUCCCACAAGAUGUCAACCUCGGGGAAAGCCAAAACUCCGCAAUCACGUCACAGUCAAACCAGUCUGAAAAACGCAGCAGCAUUGCUUCCAACUCCAGCAUUUCACAAGAAGAACAGGAAGAUACCGUAGAUGCUCAAAACCCGGGAAAUUUCUACUUACAUCAGCCAAGUAUAUUCGACCUUCAGCCUGCGCAGACGAGGAUCAUUGCCCCGAAGUUGCGACCCCGUACUAUUUCUGAGAGUAGUAAUGGAAGUGGUGGUGGUGGCCGGGACAGGCAUCCGUCUGGGGGCAGAAAUUUGAACCAGUCAAAAUCGAAGCCGGAUAGUUAUAGUGGUAAUGAGAGCCUGGGCGGAGGAAAGCAGAAGCCCGCAGCAGCAGCGGGUGGGGGGCUGUUUGCCAAAAUAGGAGGCCUGUUUUCCCGUAAAAAUGAGAUGAAGUUGCCCGAUGACAAGGAGCCUGCGAUCGUGUGGGAUCCGGUGAAGAAGCGCUGGGUGGACAAGAAUGGGGACGACAAGGAGGAGACCCCUACUGCCCCACCCCCCAAGGACCAUGAACUCCCUGGCACAGGUAUGCCCCCUCAACCCACAGGUAUACCCACCAUGGAGGGUCCCAUGACCAGUAACCUGGGUAACAGUGAUUUCCCGCCCUCGGGCCCCAACAAGUUCUCAAGGAAAAACGCGAAAGGAUUUGGAGCCCGCAAGCAGUACGUGGACGUGUUGAACCCCAACUCCACGGGCGGCCACAGCGUGCCCAGCGGGCUCUUUUCCACCCUGCCCAGCUCACACUCUGCGCCCGCUAUAUUUAACCCCAUGGGCUUCUCAGAUGGCGGUUCCGAUACCUCUCAGUCCCAGGAAGCAGAUGACAGUGGAAGCAGGGGUGACAACCCUUCCCAAGCUCAAACUGCAAGCUCAAUGUUACCGCCCUUGCAAGAAAAUUUGUCCAGAGACAGCUCUGGUAGUUCUCUUUCAAAAGAGGUCCAAAGAAUCCUUAAGGUGUCCUCUGAGGCCACUCCCGCGAACCAAUCAGCUUCUGGCAUGCCCGCCAUGUUUGACCCGACCCAGUUCCAGUCAAACAAUCAGGGGUUCAAGCAGCCUGCCCCGCCCCCGAGUCAGGGCAGACUGUCAAACAGACGUGUGUACCCUAAACGAUAAUACUGGAAACAUUGGGUGUUUUGGGGAAAAUAGGGCAUUUGACAGAUCAUGGUGGAUUUGAAAAAAAAAGCAAAAAAGACAAGUGUAAUUUAUACUAAGAAUAUUGAAGAGGAACAUGUACAAAUUUCAAAGCUAACUUAUUAUUAAGCCAUAAUGAUAGGUGGAAAUUCAAAAUUGUAAUUUUUGCUAUAAAUAUUGAAAUUAAUCGAACAUGGGAAACAUUCAAAUUUAAAUUCCAUAAUGAAUGAAAUGGAGGAACCAAGUUACAAUAUUAAACCUGAUUAACUCAGUUUUGGAUGAGUUCUUCAUGCAUUGAUGUUUAAUACUUAUCAGAGAAGACAUGCCAAACAAUUGAUUAGAGCCGUAUUCAGAAGUUUAUUUUCAGAAUGAUUUUUUUCAGAAGGCAAUAUGUCUGACUAUAUUUCAACCUGUGGGAUAUCACUAUUUUGCUUUAGGGUCAAUUGAACUUGCAAUAUAUGCUAGAGGUUUCAUCCUGGUGAUGGUCCUAGUCUAGAUUAUUUAGAUAUUAACAUAAGCCUCGAAUAUCAUUGCUAGAUUAUACUGGCAUGAUCAAUUGGUUUUUGGUCUCAUUCAUAUGCAUUAAAAUCAGUUGACACGUAAUUUAUUAAAUGAAUUUCAAACUGUUGCGCUGAUAAUUUACACAUUUUAUGCUCAUUUUUUUAUGCAUUUGGGAUGUAAAAUCAUUGUUUGAUUCAGUUUUCUAGCUUCCUCUAUCUAACAACUUGUGUACAAAAAAUGUAAUAUUAAGAAUACUAAACAUUUUGUGACAAAGAAGCAAACAAUUCCCAACUUUCAUCCUAUUAAUGCAUCAAUCCUGGGGUAGAUAUUUAACCAGGUUUUCCGAAGGAAAAAACUGGUUAUUAGAUUGGCGAAUGCGGGCGGGCGGGAGGAACAAGCUUGUCCGGGCCAUAACUUUGUCAUUCAUUGUGAGAUUUUAAAAUCAUUUGGCACAUUUGUUAACCAUCAUUAGACGGUGUGUCGCGCGAAAAAAUAACGUCAAUAUCUCCAAGGUCAAGGUCACACUUUGAGUUCAAAGGUAAAAAAUAGCCAUAAAUGAGCUUGUCUGGGCUAUAACUAUGUCAUUCAUUAUGAAGUUUUAAAAUCAUUUGGCACAUUUGUUCACCAUCAUGGGACGGUGUGUCGCACGAAAGAAUCACGUCAAUAUCUCCAAUGUCAAGGUCGCCACAACUAAAAAUAGAUUUAUUUUAAAACAAACUUACAAAGGGGGUUAAUUUUGUUUGUUCAUUUCAAAAGUUCAGUUUGAGUUGUCUCCCUUUAUCAGAUUUUUUUUCACAAUGAAAACCUGGUUUUGUGACAAUUUUGUCCCUUGUUUAUUCAUGAUGUAGAUGUAUACUGCGUUUUCAAACUGACAUUCUUGUUAUUUGGUGUUCUCUUAUAAUUAAUUGAAUGUAACAGUUUUUCUGACAGCCAGAAAAGUGGAAACACUGACCUACAAUUUAUGGUGAGCACAACUUAAGAGAUUAUUAAUGUGUUCACAUUUAUUCAAUUCACCUUAUAUUAAUAUAUAAUCAAAGUUUUAAUGCUAAUGAAAAGACAUGAUUUUAUAUAAAUAUGCAAAGUCAUAAUAUGUUUUGAAAAUAUUUGUAUUACUAAAUCAAAUGGUACCUAAAGUAAAGUAUUUUAACCCUUGUAGGCUUCACCAUAAGUAUGUAUGGCAUUAGUUUUAUUUGGUCAAUUUUGAUAAAUAGUUGUUUAUAUAUUUCAAAAAUUUUCGAAGAAAAGGGGGCAUAUAGUGAUCGGACUGUCCGUCACACUUUGCAUUUAGGUUUCGAAAAAUGCUCAUAACUAUUAUGUCCCUUGAGAUAAAGCCUUCAUAUUUGGUAUGCAUGUGUGUAUGGACAAGGCCUUUACAUACGCACAACAAUUUUGACCUCUGUAACCUUAACCUUGAACUUAGGGUCCGCGUUUAGGUUUCAAAAUCUGCAUUUAGGUUUCGAAAAAUGCUUUAACUUCUAUCAAAGCGUUUCUACUGGUAUAUGUCAUCCUAUGGUGACAGCUCUUGUUUUACAAUGAGUUAAUUAAACAUGUACCAAAAAUGGCUAUCACUAAAUGUAUCUUCACUCUCUUAUUUUACAACAAUUACCAUUGUUUACACUUGACAGUUUUGUUGCAUGAUCACAUUGUUGUUUGUUUAUUGUUUUAUACCCCCUUUAGAAGAAAAGGGGGCAUAUAGUGAUCGGACUGUCCGUCUGUCUGUCUGUCCGUCUUUCCGUCACACUUUGCGUUUAGGUUUCCAAAAAUGCUCAUAACUUCUAUGUCCCUUGAGAUAUAGCCUUCAUAUUUGGUAUGCAUGUGUAUAUGGACAAGGCCUUUCCAUACACAUACAAUUUUUUACCCCUGUGACCUUGACCUUGAACUUAGGGUCCGCAUUUAGGUUUUGAAAUCUGCGUUUAGAUUUCGAAAAAAUGCUCAUUACUUCUAUGUCCCUUGAGAUAUAACCUUCAUAUUUGGUAUGCAUGUGUAUAUGGACAAGGCCUUUCCAUACGCACAAAAAUUUUGACCCCUGUGACCUUGACCUUGUAAUAAGGGUCCGCGUUAAGGUUUCGAAAUCUGCAUUUAGGUUUCGAAAAAAGCUCAUAACUUCUAUCAAGCGUUUAUAGGGGGCAUAAGUCAUCCUAUGGUGACAGCUCUUGUUUGUUAAAAGAUUUACAAUACAAAGUCCGUUGUUAAUGGAAACACUGGUGUUUGUAAGUUAUGUUGUAUCAGCAGCUGGCUGUCAAACAGCUGUUGUUGUAUCUAACGUCUUGUUCUGUCUGUUUUGUUUUUUCGUCAUUUUUAUCACAUUCCAUUGAGCUAUUAUUACUCUCCUGAACAGACAUUUUUUUAUUAUGACUGUUUCAUCAUUUUGUUAUUUAAGAUGUAAGUAUGUUUUGGAAUGUCAAAGGAAUACCUUGUUUUACAGUCAAUGAAAUACACAUAAUAUAGUGCUUGGUAACCACAAGUUUAAUUGGAUGGUUAUGUUAUGUUGUACCUAAAAUAUGUUUGCUAUAAUGGUACCCACUGCCUUGCAAUUGGUGAGUGGUUAAGUCACAAGUUAAAAAAUGAGCCUUGUCAUGCAAAAAUGGAUAUGAGUUGUGUUCUGAGAAAACUGGGCAUAAUGCAUAUGCGUAAAGUGUCGUCCCAGAUUAGCGUGUGCAAUCCGCACAGGCUAGUCAGGGAUGACACUUUCUGCUUUUAUGACAUUUUUCGUUUAAAUGAAGUCUCUUCUUAGCAAAAAUCCUAUUUAGUGUCGUCCCUGAUUAGCCUGUGCAGACUCAUAUUAUCCCAUAUGCAGCCAGUGUAGCCCUAGACCAGCCUAGAUAUGGGCACAAUCUGGUCAGGAGCUACCCUGUCAGAUACAAGGACACGCAAGAUUUUGUGAUCUUGUUAGCGGACAGGGAAGCUCCUGAUCAGACUGCGCAAAUCCAAAGGCUAGUCUGGAGUAAAGCUGGCUAAAAAUGGCAUAUGACACAUUUUUGCUUGAAUCUUCUCAAAUUGUGCUGUUGGACAUUAUUUGUUGCCAUAGGAAAAAGUAGUCAUUUCACGUAGUAUUUAUUAUUUGCAAUCAUGUUGUAAUAUUAUGUGUAUAUUCAGAAACAAUUUAUUUAUUUUCUGACUUAGGCUGAUUCCCUUCUGAACCCAUACAAAAUCAAUCUAUCAUUAGCAUUUUCAUUUAAAUGUUUUUUGCUUAGUGUUAUUUUAGCAUUUUGGAUUUUUAUUUUUCAAAGAAAUAUUAUCACAUCAGAUUAAACUCUUUUUUUUUAAACUAUAAAAAUGGUUAAAAGUGUUAUAUAGAUAACGGAUGAGUUACAUUGGAACCAAUGUCAUCAAUUGUAAUUACAUGACUGUGCAUAACUUGUUGAUUUUGUUUUCUUACUAAAAUGGUUAAUAAAUACUUUGCAAAGAAAGUAAUUAAACAAAUUAAACAUGGAAUAAAAGAGUUUUCUUAAAUAAAAAUAAAGUUGUGUUUUUUUGAUGAUUUUUCAAUCAAAUACAGUCUAAACAAUAACAUUUAUCCUAAAUGAUUUGAAUUUUACUGUCCUAUGUAUCAAUAUUUUAAACACUUGUUGAUGUUUUUGAAUGCAAAUGACAUAUGUAUGCUCCCACCUAGUGGAAGGCAUUAUUCAUUGCACUUGUGCUGGAGCAUCAGUGUUUGUGGCAUAUUUCUAGUUUAUUUAUCAAACCUAUUGUUCAGAUCGCAGGCUAUAUUUGCCACAUGUUGGUCAUUUAUUUCAAAAUUAUUUGUUGUAUUUAAGGUGAUUUUAUUAUUUUAUUGUUAAGUUUGUCUGUGUGCAGUUUGUGAAAGAUACAUUGAUUCGAUGAAUGGAUGACAGUUUUAAGUGAGGAAUUUGUUAUAUAUUAUUAAAUCAGUCUUUGUCAAAACUAUAUAUAUAUAUAUAUAUAUAUAUAUACCAUUUUAUUGUAUAAGUUAUACAGAUGUGGAUGUAUUGUAGUUGGAAAUGAUGACAAUUUAUGUGUACAUGUUGUUCAGUGAAGUUCACAAGAUGUGUGUGUGUGUGUAUGUGAUAAAACAAAUAUUACUGUUACAUAAUUGUAUAGUGUAAAUACAUGAUCUCUCCUGGUG